AUGGGUUCUAAUCCAAACCAAGAAGAGCAAGCUCAGUUUGGUGGUGAUCAGAAUGCCAGUGAUAAUAUGUAUCGAUAUAUUCAAUCCUUACUAAUAGCUUCAAACCCAGGAAGCAACCUCAUCAACGCUACCUCUGCAAGUAUUAACUCGGGUGGAACGUCGUCGGGAUUCAACGACAGCGGUGUCGGAAGAGCCAGUUCUUCAAACCCUGAAGCUUCAAUGAACAAGAGGAAUGGUUCUCAUCAAAAACGACGAUUUAUUUGGACUCCAGAACAUCAUCAAUCGUUUCUUGAAGUUAUUGAAUUUCUUGAAACUCAAAAUGCCUCAUCAAAUAGGAAAGUUGUUCCUAGGAAGAUCUUGCAUGAAAUGCAAAAAAAGUAUCCAAAUAUCACUCGAGAAAACGUUGCUAGCCACCUUCAAAAACAUAGAAUGCAUCUCAAAAAUUUGAAUAACAGAGAGUUGAAUAAUUCAGCUACUAGCCUUAAUUCUCAGCUUCUCCAGAGCUCUUCCUCUGUCGUAAACCCUAAUUUUCAGGUUCCUCAAUUAACCUGUUCAAGCUCCGAAAACCCUAAUUUUAAUGUUCCUCCACAAACCCAUUCCCGUUCGAAAAACCCUAAUCCUCAGCCUCCUCUACGAGUCCAUUCCAGCUCGAAAAGCCCUAAUUCUUGCCCUUCUCCACAAAACCAUUUUAGUUUCAUAAACCCCAAGUAUCAUCAUCGAAGCCAUUUAAACCCUAACAAUCAUCCUCGAAGCCAUUUAAAUCCUAAUUAUCAUUCCGAAAACGCUAAUUGUCACCCUCUUCAACAAACCCAUUUGAAUUCCAUAAACCCUAAUUGUGACCCUCUCCCACAAACCCAUUUAAUUUCCAACGACCCUCAUUAUCAAUCUAUUCCACAAACCCAUUUCAGUUCUAUAAACCCUAAUUCAAACCCUAAUUCCAAUUCAAACCCACAUUUAGUUCAACCCACAAACACUGAGUUUGGUAUUAUCCCUUGCCCUCCUCCAAUUUCACCCAAUCAAACCUCCUCCAUUGAUCCUAUCAGGGAUAACCCUCUUGAAGCACUUAACAAUCCAAACUUUUUUCAAGAUUACAACAUGAAUUUCAAUUCUGACAACCUUCAAGUUGGUGGUGCUGUCGCCAAUAACAUGUCUCUGCCUUUGGAUUCUUGCUGUCCUUUCAAUUUAAAUCCCCAUUUUCAGGUUGGUUAA